CAACGGGCUUUGUCAGCCCGACUCUCGUACGUACCGCAUUGUCACUGCGUGCCCCUGUCGUAAAGUGUAUCUACGCGGUCAAAGACGCCGUUGCGAAUAAAUGUAUAAAAGGCAUGGGUCGUUGUAGGCACUGGCAUCCACUCACCCCCUAACCGACGCAAUCACUUGCACCCAUUGCUAUGCCUUCCUACGUAGUUACUGGCGCAUCGCGCGGCAUUGGCCUCGAGUUCGUCCGUCAACUUAGCGCAAGCUCGUCCAACACUGUCUUCGGGCUCGUGCGCAACAAAGGUGGAGCACGGGAGCUGGUAGGCCUGUCCGGGGAGCGCACCAAUGUCCGCAUUCUCGAGGCCGACGUCACGAGCCCCGCGAGCCUCAAGGCUGCCGCAGCGGAGGUGGCGAAAGUCACGGGCGGCACCCUCGAGUACCUCAUCAACAAUGCGGCGUACGUGCAGAUGGAGCGCAGGGAGUACGACUUGGUCAAAUACGCUGAGGAGAGCGAGGAAGACUUGCUCGAGAAAGACUUCAACGAGAAUUUCAAAGUCAACGUCGUCGGUGUCAUCCACACGACGAACGCCUUCUUGCCUCUUCUCAAGGCCGCUGCGGGCAAGUCCCUCGUGAAGGUCAUCACCGUGAGCUCAGGCGUCGGCGACACUGGGCUCACGCUCGCAGCGCAUUACAGCGCGCACGUGCCAUACAGUGCGUCCAAGGCCGCCGUGAACAUGAUUGUCGCCAAGUAUGCUGCGCAAUUUGCGCAGGACAAUAUCAUAUUCCUCGCCAUCAGCCCUGGGCUCGUCGAUACCGCCACGCGUCCUCCUACACCGGAGGAACUUGAGAAGAUUGUCGCGUUCAUAGAAGCCAUGAAGCCCAUUUAUCCCGACUGGGACGGCAAGCCAAUUACGCCUGAGCAGUCUGUAAAGCACGUCCUUAACGUGAUCGAGAAGGCAGAUCGCAAGGACACUGGCGCGUUUCUCUCGCAUUUUGGGAACAAGAAGUGGCUCUAGAAAGGAGAAGAAUGGAGGAGAUCAGCUUGUAUGAUUUGGUUUUAGAUUCAAGCGCUCACUGGGAAGUAUAUAGAGAAUCGCUGAGUAGCUGUUGCCAGCUACCUGUCCUGUUCCACUCUAAGAGACAUGCCAAUGCGUUGAGCCAGCUAGGAGCGUGACGCACGACUGGUCGGAAGAAGGCUGUAAGGAUAGCUUACGUUGAUACACGGUCGAACGCUGCCGGGAUCACAUUCUGUGGUACUCCUACGAUCCAUACAAUGUAGCUCCCAAGGAUCCACGAGAGCAUGCCGCACAUGACGGCUUCGUUCGAAUGCCCGCUGCUCGAUAAUGAGUCCAAGGGUUUGCUUAUGCCGCGUCUUAAAGGCUAGUGUGAGAGUAUCUGGCCUAUAG